CUAUUAUUAGACUCACUCUUGAUCACUACAUUCGCGUGUUCACUAGUACUCAUGUCAAUCCACGUCUUUUCUCUUCCUGCAGAUUUCGGCAGAUUUCACGAAGCGUAUCUUCGUUUCUCUCGACACUUUCAGCAAUUCCGUUCUCUCCACAUCGCCAUCAAAGACUGGACUCUCGAUUUCAUCAAGUCCUACGAUCCUUGGAACCACAAGACUCUCGAAUCAAUCCUCCGGGCCAUUGCUAUCAUCCUGGUACUAUUUUUGGUUAUCCGUUUCUGGACCACGUCUUGUUCCCGCUCACCGACGAAGGACUCCCACCGCACGGCCCUUCAAGCUCUCCAAACUGUCCUCGUCCCAAGCUGCUCUCUCUGGUCCGCACGCUACAUUCAGCUCGUCAAAAAUGCCUCAAAUAAGCGUGACGGAUCCAGGAUCGUUGUGCCUUUAAGCAUGCUUCUACAGGACGUCUACGAUGGCGUGAUUGAGCUUCGCGAUCCUCUAUACGAUCUCGAGGACCUGAUAGAUCAAGGUGUUCGUGCGUAUGGCUGUUCCAUCAGUCUGAAAAUUGAGUGGAAGUGGUGGGUAGAAUGGUUAGACCGAAUGUUACGCGGAGACGUUUCAGACAAUACGAAGGGUUUUGAUGCACCUCCACCCUCCGCCGACCAUAGGACUAUUAUCAACCUCAACAACCAUCCACUCACGCACUUGGCUACUACCCAACUUCCUCAAGGUUCCCGCACCACUUUGGCAUUCACUACCCUUUCCAACCACAUCUCCUUCCUCAGCACGUUGCACAUUCUCUGCAUGAUCCCCUUCCUGACCCACCGUCUCCCCCACCGCUUCUCUGACAUCAUCGCAACAGUAAACGAAACUCCACACUUCAAACUAUUAACCCUCACCAACACAUCAGCAGUUUACGCUGAUACGCUCGCAGCACUAUCGAACAAGCUGACAUACGAUCCGGUAGCAAGACAACAGUGCGUCGACGAACUGGGCAUCAAGGGGUGGCGUGAACGAAGGCUAAUGCUCGAGUUCGAGGCUGUUCUCGUGCGGAGAGGCUGGCUGGAGCGCUGGGACGUAGUCUUGGAGGCUCGUUGAUUAUACGUGCACUUGCCGUGUUUGCUUCUUCCUUGAAAUCACUCUUGUAGCUCUGGUUCUUGUUGUUUCCCAUAGAUCCUGUUGCACCAGGGUACUCAACCUUUCUGUUGCAUCGCUUCUCACAAAUUGAUGUUAGAUUCGGCGAAACGGACUAGCGGCAGGAGUCGAUUAGCAAAUGAGUUUCGAACAUAUGAAAAGAUCCUCAUGCCCUGUCAUGCUCGACCAGAGACCAUCGAUACUCAUCGCGAUCAGUGGG